AUGACCUUCCUAGAAUCACUCUCAGGCCACGAAAUUUGAAAUGGGAGAAUUCCAACCCAUGUUUUGCCUUUAUAUAUUUUGUAGAUCACUAUUAUUCAAUCAUGAAGUCUCGGAUCUCACCGCGCCAAACAACUCAACAGCGUUCACGCGAGAAACAAGCGCGCGAGCUCUGGCACUAUUGAGAAAAAUAUCCGAAAGUUGCGCCCGAACACCAAAUGACGCCGCUUGGUCAGACGUUGACCUUGACGAGGGAACUAUGAAAGCGGCGGCGCGCCCUUUCAAGAGUAGUCACCGUCAUAGUAGUCACCAUCAUAGUCCUAGGUAUAGUCAUAGGUUAAAGUUCCUUUUUUCUAGGUAUGGAUGUGACCUGUGCUUCUGACAUGUCAGCAGUCAUGUCACCAUACUCCCAUGUAUCUCACCCACCACCAUGUAGCCUAUAAAUAUGACAUUUAUUCUGGUGGGUGAGGGGAUCAGAUUUUUGCCACUCUCUAUCUCUAAGCAAAGAACGAACUUCUCUCACUAAAAGACACUCUCUCAACUCUAUUCUUCCUUCCAUUAGUCCCAAAGUUCUCGGUUAACCUUGUUGUUCAUUCUUCUCGACCCAUUCUCGUGAACCUCACUCCUACACCCAGUUAGGUUCAAACAAUUGGUGCCCACCGUGGGGCUGAGAAGAAAAGCAGCAGAAAUCCAACCAAUGGCAGAACACGACUCCAACAUACCCGGCGAGGUAACCCCCAUCAAGGCGAUGACAACCCCUAGAGUGUUCGCGGAUCUCGCGGAAGCCAGUAACCGCGACGCGGUACUCAUUAAGGAAGAAGAGCCUGAACUGGCGGCGAAGGAAAUGAGGCAGCUGAUGGCAAAACAAAACGGUGUCAUCGCCGACAUGCAAAAACAGAUGAGCCAAGUUAUCGCGCUCAUGAUGAGCAAAGAGGCCGCGGCAACACCAGAUGCGGCGCCUGUCGCGCUGCAGCUAACACAAGGGGAGGCAUCAGGUGCAGCCCCGCCACCACAACAGGCAGCGGUCGAGUUGUCCGCACCUAAAGAGCAGCGAAACGAACCGCCAGGAAGGGCGGAUCUCAGCUUCUUGGAGCAGCACCUGUCCCCACAGUUCCGUCCCAACCCGCCUAGGAAAAUCCUACAUCAACCGUUGUGCACGGAGAUUAUGGCGGAAAAUCCUACAUCAGCCGUCCGAUCCCUCACAGCCUCCACCUGCUCCUCCAGCUUGCUCUGCAAAACGCCAAGAUGCUCCAAAGCAUCGUUGGCCUUGUUAGUCGCCAACUCUGCGCGACCCUCAGCCCCAGCCAGCUUACCCUCAAGCUGCACGAUCAUAGAUUCCUCAACCUUCAUCUUCGCGCGCUCUCGACUUCGCUCCUGUUGAGCACGGAAGGUCGCCAACAAACCCUGCAUUCACAACGCCACAAGACUUAGCAAAACAGCAUGUUUAACAACGAGUACUUCGCGGAGGUUCAACCAAAUCUUACCGCGAAAUGAACCUAGGCCAGGUUC